UAGCCUCAUCCCACGGAUCUUGCCUUUUGGUUUCCUUUCCUCUCUCUCUCUCUCUCUCUCUCGCCCUCGCUUCGUGCACGCGCCUAUAUAUAUACACAAAAGGGGAUUUAGGGUUGACCCAAUUAUUUAAGAAGCGAGCCAAUACAGAGGAGAGAAGUGCAGGAAAUUCGCAGGGAGAUCGAUAACCCAGAGCAAAGCGAAACCAAAAUCAGAGCUUCGAUUCAAAGCUAAUACAGAAAACAGUAUAAUUUUAGGGAUUGGGUAUCCAUUUAAAGCUCCAUUAAUGGCUUCUUGGAAGAAAACCAUCGCUUCCCCGUUCAAAAAAGCGUGCACUUUCUUCAACCAGCAGCCCAGGGAUAAGAAGUCCUCCAGAGAGCAUGAAAAGCACGUGAUGGAUCUGCAUGGAGAGGUGAUGGCAUGUGCGUACGAAGAUGUGCAAGUCAUGUGGUCCAUUCUGGACAAGUCCAAAUCCACAGCCUGCAACAUCAAGCACUAGAUUCCUGCCCCUUCCAUUCUUUUUAAUUUCCUCUUUGCUUGCAUGCGACUUUGAUGUAGAUAAUGUGAUUCUUCUAUGUUAUCUUGUUCCAAGUGAGGGACUAGAUUGAUAAAAUUUACAAAUUCCAUUGCGAAUUUGGGGAAAUUAGGAGAUUGGAGGGCUUAUGUUUUUUUAAAGUUUUCAGUUGGGAAUUUGGGUCAUUUAUCUUGUAGGGAAUCCCCGUGUAUUGAAUCU